CAAGUAUUCGACAAAAUUGGCAGGGAGACGACUUCGGAUCGUUAUAGAAAAAAAAAGAGAAGCGUUAUGUGUGUGUAUAUGUGAAAUUGUAUCUUUUGUAAAAUCCCCUUGCAAAAAUGCAAGCGAGCACUUCGAAAGCGCAGCAACCGACCCGUGUGUCCUCCAUACAGCAUCAACCGUCUCGCGUGUCUUCCGUACACCUGCACAGGAAGAAACUGACCGAGCAGGAAAUACAAGAGCUGCAUCAAGAGUUAGAGACCGUCGAUCAUAUAAUAGCUUUGGAGGUUCUAUGCAAGAAACUGAAUACGAACACGGAAACGGGCCUGACAAAGGAAGAGGCGAGCAAAAAUUUCGCACGAGACGGACCAAACGCUUUGUCACCGCCCAAGGUCACGCCAGAAUACAUCAAAUUCUUAAAAUGCAUGUUCCAUGGAUUCGCCUCAUUGCUCUGGGUUUGCGCGACUCUAUGCUUCAUUCUGUACAUUGUUACUUACUACAUGAGAGAGCCCGAUAUUGGUAUUGUAUGGCUGGGCAUAAUCAUCGUCUCGAUAUGCAUCACUUCAGGCGUGUUUGCGUACAUACAGGAAAGUAAAAAUAUCAAAGUGAUGGAGUCCUUCAAAAAGAUGGUGCCCACUUUUGCUAUGGUGAUUCGCGACGGUGUAAAAUCACGUCUAGGUACGGAGGAGCUGGUUCUGGGUGAUCUAGUAGAGAUACGAAUGGGCGACAAAAUACCGGCCGACAUCAGAAUAAUCGAGUGUCACGGAUUAAGAGUCGAGAACUCCAGCAUCACCGGCGAAAGCGAGCCAGUGACGCGCACUGAUUAUCCCACAGACAAGAAUCCCCUCGAGUCUGCUAAUGUAGCCUUCGCUACGUCGUUUGCCGUAGCGGGCAAUGGCAAGGGAAUCGUGAUUGCCACGGGCGAUAACACAAUGAUAGGCCGACUAGCCGGUCUCACAUCGCAUCUCGCCAAGAUUGAAACGCCGAUAGCUAAAGAGAUCAGACACUUUGUGGAGAUCAUUACGAUCGUGGCGGUUCUGUGUGGCCUCGCUUUUUUCGGGUUAUCAUUGUUGCUGGAACCCAAUCUCGUGCGGGCAUUUACCUAUCUACUCGGGAUAGUUAUCGCCAAUGUACCUGAGGUAUUGUUGGUGACCGUGACAACGGUUUUAACGUUGACCGCACAAAGAAUGGCGAGCAAGAACUGUCUAGUGAAGAAUUUGGAAGCAGUCGAAACUCUAGGCUCAACGUCGACAAUCUGUUCCGAUAAGACGGGCACUCUUACACAGAACAAGAUGUCCGUAUCUAAUCUGUGGUUCGGCCACACUAGAUACAAUUUCCCGCCAGGCGAAAGAAUUGGUGUCGAAAGAGACUUAUUGCUGGAGAAGCCGGCUUUUAGCGUUAUGCUGAAAGUCUCCACUCUCUGUCUGCGUGCCGAAUUCACCGCCGAGUCCUAUAGAUUGGCACCCAUCGAGGAACGUGAGAUAAUCGGCGACGCAUCCGAAACCGGUAUCCUCAAGUUCUGCGAACACAUACAUCCGACACAUCGAUUUCGCGAGGUCCAUCCGAAAGUGGCCGAGAUUCCUUUCAGUUCCAUGACCAAAUAUCAAAUGUCGAUACAUCGGGAAACCAAUGGCUACAAGAUGAUACUGAAGGGUGCUCCGGAAGUGAUAUUGGAGAAUUGCACGACGAUAUUAACAACAGAUGGAGAGACCAAAGAGAUGGACAACAGAGACCAUGCUAUAUCUCGCAGAGCCUGCAUGGAAUUAGGCUAUCUCGGUGAACGUGUAUUAGCGUAUUGCGAUAUGCAUCUGCCAGACAAUGUAUAUGGACCAAAUUACAAGUUUAAUACUGAUUCGCCUGCGUCCUAUAAUUUUCCCACAAAGGGAUACAGAUUCGUAGGAUUGAUAAGCUUGCAAGAUCCGCCAAGGCCCGGUGUGCCCGAAGCAGUGCAAAAAUGCCGCACCGCUGGUAUUAAGGUGAUCAUGGUGACAGGCGAUCAUCCGGUGACGGCGAUGGCGAUUGCCAAAAAGGUGGGUAUCAUAAGUGAAGAUCAUGAAACCCGUUAUGAGCGGGCGAUCCUACAGAAUAAGUCUUAUUCGCAAUUGAGCGAUAUGGAUACCGGUGCGAUCAUCAUCACCGGCGCUGAAUUAAGAAGCAUGGAUUCAAACGAAUUGGAUAAUAUCAUACGCCAUUACGAGGAGAUCGUCUUUGCGAGAACAUCACCACAGCAAAAGUUGCUGAUCGUGGACAGCUGUCAACGGUUGGGAGAGAUCGUGGCAGUCACAGGCGACGGUGUCAAUGAUUCACCGGCAUUGCGACAGGCUGACAUAGGGGUUGCAAUGGGUAUCGCCGGUUCUGACGUGGCCAAAAAUGCUGCAGACAUGAUACUCAUGGAUGAUAACUUUGCAUCGAUUGUGACUGGCGUCGAAGAGGGUCGUCUGAUAUUCGAUAAUCUAAAAAAAUCGAUUGCAUACACCUUAACGUCAAGCGUACCAGAAAUGUUGCCGUUGCUGAGUGGUCUAAUAUUAGCGAUUCCCCUACCGUUGGUCAUCGAAUUGGUCAUCUGCAUAGAUGUCGGAACCGAUGUGGUUCCUGCCAUCGCUCUGGCAUACGAGAAGGCCGAAUCCGAUAUAAUGCGCCGUGCGCCGAGAAAUCCUCAGUACGAUAAGUUGGUGAACAAGCGUUUAAUAUCCAUUACUUAUGGUCAAAUAGGAAUGACGCAGUCCUUUGCUGGAUUCUAUACAUAUUUUAUGGUGCUUAUGAUGAACGGCUUUAUGCCCGAUCGUCUAUUAGGUUUACGAAUAGAAUGGGAGAAUCCAUCUAUCAACGAUUUACAAGAUUCCUGGGGUCAAACAUGGACUUACGAGAAUAGAAUGAACCUGUUAAUGGAAGCGCAAAGCGGAUAUUUUCUCUCCAUCGUUAUAACACAAAUGAUAGAUUUGGUAAUGUGCAAAACCAGACGCAACUCCAUCUUUCAACAAGGAAUGGGCAACUGGUUCGUCAAUUUCUCUUUCGUUUUCGAAGCUAUUCUAACAGGGAUCUUGCUCUAUGUUCCAGGCACAGAGUAUGUAUUGAAAACAAUGCCGCUGAGUGCUUAUUGGUACUGGCCUUCCUUACCGCUCGGUGCGUUUCUUUGGGUUUAUGAUGAAUUUAGACGAUUAUGUAUUCGUCUCUUUCCUGGUGGAAUUAUGGAAAGAGAAACAUACUAUUAAAAUGGUUUUUUUUUCUAUUUCAAUUUUAUAGAAAAACAUAUAUACUUUCC